UGCCCACCCUUUACACACAUGCGUACUGAGGCGCGCUGGUUGGGGGCGUGCAGGUAGAUCGAAAAUGGCGGCAGCAAUGCGGGUGGCGGUAGCUGGGGCAAGGCUCAACGUUCUAGUAAGCGGUCUCCGCACCAUGGUCCGCAGCCUUUGCAGCCAGCCUGUGUCCAUUAACGAACGGAUCGAGAACAAGCGCCACACCGCGCUCUUGGGUGGAGGCCAACGCCGCAUCGACGCGCAGCAUAAGCGAGGAAAGCUAACGGCCAGGGAGCGGAUCAGUCUCUUGCUGGACCCUGGCAGCUUUGUUGAGAGCGAUAUGUUCGUGGAACACAGAUGUGCCGAUUUUGGAAUGGCUGCUGAUAAAAAUAAGUUUCCUGGAGACAGCGUGGUCACUGGAAGAGGCCGAAUCAAUGGAAGAUUGGUUUAUAUCUUCAGUCAGGAUUUUACAGUUUUUGGAGGCAGUCUGUCAGGAGCUCAUGCACAAAAGAUCUGCAAAAUCAUGGACCAAGCCAUAACAGUGGGGGCUCCAGUGAUUGGGCUAAAUGACUCUGGAGGAGCACGGAUCCAAGAGGGAGUGGAGUCCUUGGCUGGCUACGCUGACAUCUUUCUGAGGAACGUCAUGGCAUCUGGAGUUAUCCCUCAGAUUUCUCUGAUAAUGGGCCCGUGUGCAGGUGGGGCCGUGUAUUCCCCGGCCCUAACAGACUUCACAUUUAUGGUAAAGGAUACUUCCUACCUGUUUAUCACUGGCCCUGAUGUCGUAAAGUCUGUCACCAAUGAGGAUGUUACCCAGGAGGAGCUUGGUGGUGCCAAGACUCAUACCACCAUGUCUGGUGUGGCCCACAGAGCUUUUGAGAAUGAUGUUGAUGCCUUGUGUAAUCUCCGGGAGUUCUUCAACUACCUGCCCCUCAGCAGUCAGGACAUGGCUCCCAUCCGUGAGUGCCACGAUCCCAGUGACCGUCUGGUUCCUGAGCUUGACACAGUUGUCCCUUUGGAAUCUACUAAAGCCUACGACAUGGUGGACAUUAUACACUCUGUUGUUGAUGAGCGUGAAUUUUUUGAGAUCAUGCCCAAUUAUGCCAAGAACAUCGUUGUUGGUUUUGCAAGAAUGAAUGGGAGGACUGUUGGAAUUGUUGGCAACCAACCUAAGGUGGCAUCAGGAUGCUUGGACAUUAAUUCUUCUGUGAAAGGGGCUCGUUUUGUCAGAUUCUGUGAUGCAUUCAAUAUUCCACUCAUCACUUUUGUUGAUGUUCCUGGCUUUCUGCCUGGCACAGCACAAGAGUACGGGGGCAUCAUCCGGCACGGCGCCAAGCUUCUCUAUGCAUUCGCUGAGGCAACUGUGCCCAAAGUCACAGUCAUCACCAGGAAGGCCUAUGGAGGUGCCUAUGAUGUCAUGAGCUCUAAGCACCUUUGUGGUGAUACCAACUAUGCCUGGCCCACAGCAGAGAUUGCAGUCAUGGGAGCAAAGGGUGCUGUGGAGAUCAUCUUCAAAGGGCACGAGAAUGUGGAUGCUGCUCAGGCAGAGUACAUUGAGAAGUUUGCCAACCCUUUUCCUGCAGCAGUGAGAGGGUUUGUGGAUGACAUCAUCCAACCUUCCUCCACUCGGGCUCAAAUCUGCUCUGACCUGGAUGUCUUGGCCAGCAAGAAGGUACAGCGUCCUUGGAGAAAACAUGCAAAUAUUCCAUUAUGAAGAAAUCAAAGCAAAAUAAAUCAAGAGCUGAAUUAUUGCCUGUCCACCCCUGCCCGCUUUUACAGUCAUGAAAUCUGAGAAUCUAAAUAUCAAUAGUAACUUAGAAUGGCUAAGUUUAUUAAAUUCUAGAAAAAUC